CCUACAGUUUGAUAGAUCAAUCUCAACACAGAUAACAUCUCAGAAACCCAAGAAAAGUCGUAGCAGCAAAACCAUGAGGCCAUCCCAAGCUCUCUCGCUUCUCACACUCCUCAUGAUUCUUGCCUCGUCCACUGCUUCCGUCCUACAAGACACGUGCAAGCGCUUCGGCGGCGCUGACACCUACGACAUCUGCAUCGAGUUCUUCAAGGCCAACAGGGAUAGCGCCACUGCGGGCAAGCGCGGCCUCGCCAUCAUCGCCACUGGGAUCGCCAGUGCAACGGCCAUGGACACCCGCAAGCGCAUCACCACCCUGAAGGCCGGGGAAAAGGAUCAGAUGAUCCAGCAGGUCAUCGCCUACUGCGACAAUAUGUACUCCGGGGCCGUGGGCCUGUUCGACAAGGCUGCCAAGGGCAUCUCGUCGGGCAACUUGGGAGACGCGGUGACAAGCCUCAGCUCCGCGUUGGACAUCCCCCAAUAUUGCGAUGACGAGUUCCUCAAGGCAGGCGUGAAAUCUCCGUUCGACGCCGAGAACUUCGAGUUUGGUGUGCAGUGCGCAAUCACUCUAGAUGUAACGAAGUUGUUGAAGCUGUAGUUAGCUAGCCACCGAGGAUAUGAAUUUGUGUAACUACAUCAGGAAUCUAUAGUCAUUUCGAUGAGAAAACUCCUCGAAAUUAAUAAGCCCACAAUGUUAUCACUCAACUAUGAAAGACGUGU